AUUAUAGUUUUGGUUAUAAUCUUCCUUCUGCGUUUUUUUCAAUUACUUACCAAAGAAAUAUUAUGUCGGGAAAUAAAAUGUCCGAUAGAAGUCAUCAAGAACUUACAAGUUUAUUAUCGACAUAUUCUAACCAGGAUGACUCAAUGCUCGAAUCGAUAGAUGGAAUAUCCUUGGAAAACGUCCAUACAGUAUCGCUUGAUUAUUUGAACGAAUGCAUGAGCGAUCUGGAAAGCAAGGAUUCGGGAAUACGUUUGUCUCCCGGUUCGCCUGGAAUGUUCCCAUCGGAUCAUCGCAUGGAUAAAUUUACUGAGCAUGAUUUGGCAAAUCUUGAUAUCGGCCUGAUUAAAGAAGGGGAUUUAUAUUUGAAAUCUGAAUGCAAAUUUGAUAAAAAUAAUAUUAUUCCUAGAUUAGGAAAUGAAUUAACUAAAACCAAGAACAAUGUUGAUUAUACCCGAAAUUCUGAAUCUAUUCUAGCAAUUUCAAUAGAGAAUUUACAACAUACUUGUAAAACAUGUGUUGAAGUAUGCGGUGAAAGUGAGGAUACGUUUGUGGAGCUCGAUCAGAUACAAAAAAAUACUUUGAUUCACGAUUCAGAGUUGGAUAAACACAAGGAGCUUUGUUCUGAUGAAUUCAACAGCAAAGGGCAAAAAAAUGAUGAAACUGAAUGUCACAAAAGACCAUCAAGGAGUGACUGCAGUACUGAAAGGGAUUCAGAAAUUGAGAAAAGCUCGGACACUGAGGAACCGGCUCAUGACUGUAAGGUUGAAGAAGAAGGCGAGUCGUGCGACAGUAAAAUUAAAGUCGAACUACUGCCUCAAGCUUGUGAACAAUGCCCAAUGACAUUCAAGUACAAAAGACACUUGGAUCGACACUUGGAGGGUCAUCAGAAAAAUAACUGCCCGCAUUGUGACGCUAAAUUUGCGAGAAAAAAACAUCUGGAUGUACAUUUAUUUCGGUUACACGGAGAGCGGAUAACUAAAUACCCCCAUACUUGCGACAUUUGUUUAAAAGGUUUUCCAAAGAGACUGCUACUGAAUAGGCACAAAGCUAAUCACCAUGACGAAAAGGCUCAAAUGUGUGCGGACUGCGGUGAUAUACUGGAAAACAGUUCAGAGGCUCUAGAACAUAGUGAAAAACAUAGUCAGGAGAGAAGGUUUCAUUGUGAUAAAUGUCCUCAGGCUUUUAGUAUGGAACAAAAGUAUCUAAUACAUGUAAAAAAUCAUGAUACGUAUAAAUGUCCGAGAUGCGAGUCUGGUUUUGCCUCUAAGAAAAGAGCCAAUGAACAUUAUCGGUUACAACAUUCAGCAAAACUACCCAGAGAACCUGAAACUUCUGUAACUGGGAUGUUUUACUGUAACGAUUGCCGGCAUAACUUCAUGACCAAAGAUAGCUAUCUCCGCCAUUUGAAAACAGCGUCGCACCUGAGUAAAAUGCACACCGAAAUACCUCUCAAAGCGUUAUUCACUUGUACAAUUUGUACAAAACAGUUAACAUCGCGUAAAGCAUUGGACCAGCACAUCAGAAGAGUUCACAGAGAUGAAAAGAAAUAUUCAUGUGAUACUCAGGGAUGCGAGUUUCAUUCGACUAAUAAAAGCGACUUAGAAAGGCAUAGACAAUUGCACAUAGAAGAGAGAAAUAUAGUUUGCGAACAUUGUGGAAAGACAUUCACUACGAUCAGUAUACUUAAAGAUCACGUACUGUAUGUGCAUAACAUGGAAAGACAAUUUGUGUGCGAAGAAUGUGGAAAAGCAUUCAAAAGGAACAGCCUGCUUAACAGGCAUAAGAUGUCUCACCAACAAAUUAGACCCUUUACCUGCGAACAGUGCGGAGCUGCAUUUAAAAGAUCUCAUCAUUUAACAAGGCACAUGGAAUCGUGUCACAGGAUUACGUUAGAAAAGAAAAAGCGGGUGGUGAAGUUGAUGAAAACUGAAGAUGGUCGAUUGGUACCAAUUCCUGAGGAACCUAAAAAACCGAAAACUAAAAGAGUGAAAUCUAAAAAGGAUAGUCAACUGAUUAGCUACGAUGAGUCUGGUACAAGUGUAACGAAUCGUCUACUUAUAAGUAAGGACAUGGUCGAAUUGUCUACAGAAUUGUCCCAUGUUACUCCCAUGUCUACAAUUACAAGCUCGGAAUCGACUGACAUACCCCUAGGACUGGCAAAUACAAUUUCUGAGGUCGAUUCUGUGCCUCAAGUAUUAUCUCUGGUCGAUGUUAACUCUGGUCAAGUAGUUACGGUCGAAGUAACGAAUCCGGAUACACUACCAUUGACGGAUUUGGUUGACCAAUUUGAGGCCAAUUGUAGCGAGAUCCUUGGGCUAUCUAGCUACCCUGAUCUAGAGUUUCAAAAUGGUAUUUUGAAUACAGAACAAAAUUAUUAUGAUCAAGUUAGUUAUGCUGAAUUACCUUUAGAGAAUGUUGGCGAAUCUUCGCUCUUGUUAGACCCAAAUUCGAGUAAAAUGGAUAGCCUACCAGCUAUUGAAAAUUAUUUAACACAGCCCUUUUCUCCAUUUUUAAACCUCUGAAAUCUUAGAUUUCUUAGCGGGUAAUCACAGGCUAUACCUAGAGAAUGUAGACGUCUGACCUAGAGCUCCUAGUAUUGAUCCUGCAAUAAAAAUCUAUAUUUUGAUGAUAACAGUGCGCAAA